UGUGGAUUCAAAUCAACAACUCUUACAAAACCUUUCAUUCUUACAAAAACAUCUCGUCAUAAAAGUCUCAUUUUCUUGCCCAACGCAACCAAUAAUGGCCAUUGUACAGAAGCUGAGACGGUCUUUAUCAAGCGAAAGAAGAUCAGCCGAGGUUCCAAAGGGGCACUUAGCCGUUUAUGUUGGGGAGAGCAGCGAAAAGAAGCGGUUUGUUGUUCCGGUGUCCUAUUUGAAGAAUCCUAUGUUUCAAGAAUUGUUGUCUCAAUCCGAGGAGGAAUUUGGAUUUCAUCAUCCAAUGGGAGGCCUAACCAUUCCCUGCAGCGAGGAUUUAUUUGUCGAUCUCACAUUCCACUUGAGCAAGACAGCAUAAACCAGAGUCAUUGUAUAGUUAGGUAGGUAGAUAGAUAGAUAGAUAGAUUCUCUCUUAUUUCUUUUCUUGUUUUUCUUUUUCUCCAGGAGUUUAUCCUUUCACGGGAUUUUUUUUCAUCUGGACAAGAAUUGUAAUCCCUUACCAGAAAUCAACCAAAAAACAAAACUGUUGAAAAAUUUCAUGUAAGAGCGUUACCUGACCCA